AUGGCGGCGAUGUGGAGCUGUGAGGGGCAGCGGGGGCGGAAGCAGCCUCGAAGCGUCGUGCCGCUGAGCGUGUGGCUCGUCCUGUUGCUGCCCGCCUGCCCGCACGCCCUCGCCUCGCACGCUGGUCGGCUGUUGCUGCUGGGCGUGGGCACACCACCGCGGCGACUACUGGCGGACAUGCCCCUUACGAGCACUCUCCUCGCGCUCAUCGUCACAUCAACCGUGCUCUUUGUGGGGGUAGUCAUCCUCGUUAUAGUCUUCUGCAGGACAAGGAGACGCUCCCCCCAAGUGGCCCCUUUGGACGGCAAGGCAACCGGCAUAGUUGACAGCGACAGUGAGAAGGGGAACGGGGAGGGGGAGGAGGGCGAGGAGGGGGAGGAGGGGGAGGGCGGGUACAGGCCGGUGGAGCAGUGGAGCUGGGAGGAGGUGGAGGCUGCAACUGAUGGCUUUAGCGAGGAGCGCACUAUCGAGGACGCGGGGCACUCGGCGGUGUUCAGAGCGGUGGGGCGCGGUGGAGAGGAGCUGGCGGUGAAGCGCGCCAAGCGGGUGUCAGUGGAGGGGCAACACCUCUUCCGCAACCAGGUCGAGUUCCUGGAGGGAGUACGCCAUCCCAACAUCGUGGCGCUGCUCGCAUUCAGUGACGACCGCAACGAGCAGAUCCUGGUCUUUGAGUUCGUGCCCAACGGCUGCCUCACUGACUGGCUCAGGCCCGUGGACGUCUCCAAGCCUGCGUUGACGUUCGGGCAGCGCCUGGCGAUAGGAGCGGAGGUGGCGCGGGCAAUCAAGUACCUGCACGCCAUGACGCCCCCUGUGCUGCACCGGGACAUCAAAUCCGAGACCAUUCUGCUCGAUAACGACUUCAAGGUCAAGCUGGGGGGCCUGGGAGUGCUGAAACACCUGCCGGGGGAGGCGAUGAGGCUGCGCAUGCAGCGCAAGCGCGGCUACCUGGACCCGGAGUACUUCCAGAGCUUCCGCAUCACCAGCAAGUGCGAUGUGUACAGUUUCGGAGUGGUGCUGCUGGAGUUGAUUACAGCGAAGCUGCCUAUAGUGGAUGAGAAGGACAUUGUCAUGGGAUCCCGCACCAGCAAGCGAUUCGUUACCCUCGUGCAGUGGGCCCUUCCGAAGAUCAAGGAGGGGAAGUACAAUGAAAUGGUGGACCCGCUCCUGGGAGCAUACCCGGGGGAUCUCAUGGAGAUCUUCUGUGGCAUCGCUGCUGAGUGCGUGUCGCCGCAGCGCAAGAACCGGCCUGACAUCGACGUGGUGUCUGCCUGGAUGGACGAGCUCAUGCAGAAGGAUGCCGCAUCGCGGGAGCCGCUCUCUCGGUUCAUGCGAGGGGUGCCAGAAGAGGAGGAAGUGGAGGAGGAUGAGAACGCAGAGGAGGUGGUUGAUGGAAACGUGGCACCAGCUCAAAAAGAGGAUGAUCAUGUGGGUGCAGAGGUACAUGCUGGACUUGGGACUUAG